AUGGCCCUGACGAUGUCAGGGAAGAAGCAAAAGAGCAUUCGGUCAUUCUGGGCAGCAAAGAUUCAGCCCCCUAAAAAGGUUGCCAGGUCAGAGGAGAUGGUGGAAGAGACAAUGGAGAAGACGGAAAGGGAGACUGUAGGGGAGAUAGUGACAGCGGAGACUACAGAGGAGGAGAGAGUGGAGAAGACAGUUGAGGAGACAGUGGAGGAGAUGGUGGAGGAGAUGGUGGAGGAGAGAAUGAAGGAGACGGCGGAGGAGACAGCAGAGGAGACAGCAGAAACGACAAGGAGAGCUGAAGUAAAAGUGGCUGUGGCAAUGGUGCAGCAUAAUGUGCCAUUUGCUGUCUCUGACCAUUUCAGCCCAUUAUUAAAGGAGUGCUUCAGAGAUUCCACCACAGCACAAAAUUUCAAAUGUGCCAGCACGAAAACAACGUGCAUAAUAAAUGAAGCAGUGGCACCUCAUUUUAAGAACAAAUUGGUCAUGAAGAUGAGGGACAAUCCAUUCACCUUGAUCACUGAUGGGUCAAAUGAUACAGGACAAGAGAAGAUGAACCCGCUCACUGUGCGAGUUUUUGACAGUGAUUCUGGAAAAGUUGUCCAUAGAUUUUUGGAUAUGUGCACAACAAGUGGGCGUAGCUGUGGCACAGCGGAAGUAAUCUUCCAAAAAAUGAACGAGGUCUUACAGAAACACGCCAUACCUUGGGGAAAUUGUGUUAGCUUAUCAAUUGACAACGCACCUGUGAAUACAGGAGCAAGAAAUUCCAUUGCAUCCAGGAUUCUGAAUGAAAAUGCCAACACAUACAUCCAUGGGUGCCCCUGCCACAUUAUCCACAAUACCGCCAAAGAAGCUGGACUGAGAUUUUUGGAAGUGACUGGAUUUGAUCCAGAGGAUCUGGCUGUGGAUGUUGGAUACUGGUUUAAGGGUAGCACCAACCGUAAGGGUUACCUGUCAGAAUUCUGUGAGUUCCAUGGAAGCGAGUACAUGGAAAUACUUCAACACAUUUCCAUUCGUUGGCUGAGCCUGGAGAGAUGUUUGACUCGCCUUCUGCAGCAGUAUGAGCCACUCACCAGCUACUUCAAGUCAUUAAAUGAGAAACAACCAAGGUUUAGAAGGCUGGUGGAUGCAUUUUCUAACCCGCUAACAGAGGUGUACCUCCUCUUCUACCAGGCAACAUUGCCAGCCUUCUCCACCUUAAACCUCCUACUCCAGAGAGAGAAGUCCUCAAUCUUCCUUCUACAUGAAGAGAUGACAAAGUUCAUCCGCAAGUUGUGUGCAAAGUUUCUGAAGCUUGCAGCACUGCAGAACCAAGAUGUUCAUGAAAUCCAAUACAAGGACCCAUCAAACCAACUGCCAGGAGAAAAGCUGAACAUUGGAUUCAUUACUCGAGCUACGCUCAACAGGCUCCUUGAUGCGGGAGACAUUACACCACAGCAAGUGGAGAGGUUCCAGCAGGCUGCGCUGGCAUUUCUGUUAAGGGCUGUGGAGUACGCCAUGAAUAAGCUACCCCUGAGAGAGACCCUGCUCAAACAUGCUAAGUUUGUUGAUGUCCAGCAGAGGACAGAGUGUGGAGUGGAAGAUGCUCUGUACUUUGUUGAAAGGUUUCCUGAACUGCUUCCAUUCCACGGACCCCAAGAGCAUGAUCAGCUCAGUGAGGAGUUCCUGGACUAUCAACUGAUGGACAUCCCUAUGCCCCAAGACCCAGCCACGUUUGACACUGAGGCUUUCUGGGGGAACAUGUCAUCACUGAAGAACAGGUCUUUAAGAGGUCAGCACACUCUUUUUAACCGGAGCACCCGGAGAAAAGCCAAACGAACCACGAUCUUGCUUCUGCACGUGGGAAAGGUGGAGGUUCUGAAGUUAGGGUGGGUGAAGGAAAAAGGAGUAGGGGGAAGAUUCUUUAUUCUGUCCAUCCUCUCCUUGGUGGAUGUUUCCCUCUCCUCCUCCUUCUGCCCCAGAGUCUUCUUCAUGGUGGAUAUGCCAGGAACCGGGACUUGA